AUGUCAACAGACAAGAAAACAAAGUCUCCUCGUUCCUUUCAUAGCGGAUCUACGAGUUCAUUUACUGAUGAUCGAGGAGGCGACAGCGGCAAAGCACGAGCAGGAGAGUCAGCCGCGUUUGGGGGAGACAAUGUGUUGGAUACUCUAAUGCCAUUGACUGUUGGAGAUAAUUCGUCUCCCGCGUAUGCACCCACAUCGGAUGGAGAUAAAUUACGUACGAGAGCUGGGGGAGAUACAAGCCCGUACGUUCCGAAUUCGGCUGAAGCAUAUCAUCAUGGUGGACUAGCCUCUGACAAAUUUGCCGAUUAUCCGGAUCAUACUUUCACUGGUUGUUCACCAAUAGAAGACUAUAGAAUAUUAGAAAAACUAGGAGAAGGAACAUUUGGUGAGGUGCAUAGAGGGACACAUGAGCGGUCAGGUAACCAAGUAGCAUUAAAGCGAAUAUUAAUGCACCAUGAGAAAGAAGGCGUUCCGAUAACUGCAAUACGAGAAAUUAAAAUCCUUCGUCAGUUGGAUCAUGAAAACGUUGUCAGCUUGACGGACAUGGCUAUUAAGUUUAGUAACGCAACAGAUGAGACUGGAGAAACACAACCACCCUCGAUAUACAUGGUCUUUCCUUAUAUGGACCAUGAUCUCGCUGGAUUACUAGAAAACCCUUCCGUCAAAUUUUCAGAGGCUCAGAUUAAAUGUUAUUUAAAACAGUUGCUAGACGGUACAAAUUAUUUACACCAGCAAAAAAUCCUUCAUCGUGACAUGAAAGCCGCGAACCUCCUUAUCAACAAUCGUGGAAUAUUAAAAAUAGCCGAUUUCGGUCUCUCACGCCCAAUGGUCGACAAAACGCUCACUGGUUGUGUAGUCACUCGAUGGUAUCGCCCACCCGAGCUUCUUCUUGGUGAGAAACGUUACACGACCGCCAUUGAUAUGUGGGCUGUUGGAUGUGUGUUUGCAGAAAUGCUCAAAGGCGGACCCAUUUUAAUGGGAAGAUCCGAUAUGGAUCAGUUAGAUUUAAUAUUUGAUUUGUGCGGAGGUCCAACAGAAGAAAGUAUGCCUGGUUGGAAAGAUUUGCCCGGAUGCAAAGACGUACAAUUUGGAAAAGCGCACAUAAGAAGAGUUAAAGACGAGUACGAGAGAUAUGGGAAGCAAGCAGCAGAUCUGCUAGACAAAUUAUUGGUGCUCGAUCCUAAGAAGCGAUUAACAGCAUUUAAUGCAUUAGAGCAUAGUUAUUUCUGGACUUAUCCAAAGCCCGCAAGUCCCAGAGAGCUUCCGAAAUAUGAAUCAUCCCAUGAAUAUGACCGUCGAAAGUUAAAAAUGUCCCAAGCCGAACAUCACCACAACAACCAUCACUAUGACAAUGUUCCUCCAUCACCUAAUGCAAACGUCGAUAUUGAGAAUUCACGUUAUCGAAAUCGUGAACAUCGAACUAAAAAACGGGAGAGAUCUCGUGAAAGGGACCGAGUUGAUGACUUAAAGCUUUUGGACAUUGAAACUGCCAAUUUUACUCUGAUGGAUGAACUAUCGAACAGAGAAUAG